AACAUAAAUAGAGGGACUUUAGUAUAUAAUGUGAUCAAUCCAUUUUAUAUAUGUUACAUAAAAAAGUGAAAAUAAAUGGCUGAAACUCUCAAAAUUGUUUAUAUUGUGAUCCUUUUGGUUUCCCUAUGUCUUGUUGUUGUUGACGGCAUAUCGAUUUAUGUGCGAUGCGCAAGUACUAACGAGUGUUAUACAACAUUUAAGUUUGCUCCUCUAGGAAGUAUGAGGUGCGUUGAAGGUUAUUGUAAACACCUCAAAGAUUUUAAGGUGAAGACUCCUUUACAGAUAAAAGAAAUCACGCCUCUUCUUCUUCAUUUUCCUUAACUCACUCACGACAGCUAUGGUGAUUUUAUUUCUAUCAUAGUUAUGUAAAUUGACCAACCUCAAUUCCAUUUUACAUUAGCAAUCCUAGAAGCUUCAGUGAUGGACGAGAACCUCAAUUUCUAUUUAUCCCAUGUUAUCUCCUUGUUUAAGAUGUCAGCCCCCACUUCUUGUUUUCAUAAUAUUCAUUAUUUUUUUAUAUUUUUUUUAUCUGACAUCUCGUGCAAAUUUGGAUGUUGGAAUUAAACAUAUAAUGUGAUCGACUAUGAUGUUAUGUUUAAAUUUGGAUUGGACAUCCGGUAUUUCCCUAAAUCCCCAAUUGAAUAAAGUUUAAUUGCUUAUAA